AAGAUAAAGUGUUUAUACAAACAAGCUGAUGUUGUCCGCAGAAACAAAAUCACAGGCGUUCUACGACUUAUCACAGACACUUUAAUAUUAUUUCCUUUAAACCAAUUUAUUCAACACGCAAAAGUAACCUUUUUGGGGGGUCAUGAAUAGAUGUCUAUAACACAGUUGCGUGCAUGGAUAAGUCUCUUCUCCUCUCGGGCUGUAAUCUGCUUUACUUCAGAGGCAACUUGUUGUCCCCGCCCUCUCUGCUCACUGAUUGGCUGUGCAGCAUCUUCUCUUAACGGGAAUUGGCCGAGAGAGAUGUCCAUCACAGGGGGUUUGCCUCGGGACAGAAAGGUAUCCGCUCUGUUCUGCUACUGUCAGCACUGCUGCAGUAGUGAUGAGUUGAAUUAGAUGGUUUCAGUUGAACCACGGGAUUGUUUUGGUUUGGGGUGUUGUUUUUCUUCUUCUUCACUUUGGCUACAAUGAAAGACUGUUGCAGGUGAAGUGAGGAUCGGGUGUCUGACAUAUCAUAUACAAAUCUGAACCACCAAAAACUCCUCAAUAACCAGAGCCAAUGAUGGAGACAAACAGCCAGAGCCCCGCCACCAUGGAAACUGAAGAUGACGCCCCAGCUCCUGCUCAGUUCAGCGACGACACGGCAGCGUGCGUUGUUUCUGUGAAAGGCCUAAAGGACAACUGGCAGAAGUGGUCUGACGAGCGCCAGGAUUACCAGAAGCACAAUCCCUUCAGUCACGACACCAGGCCCAGCGUGGUGGUCCCUCAGAGGGGGCAGGACGACUACGGGAGGCCCCUGCAGGGCUCCACGACGGAGCAGCGGGGGAAGGAUGCCCACACGCACAUUGGCAGAGAGGUUCAGGAGCUGUGUGAAGUGAUAAGGAACAUUGGGGAGCCGAGAGACAGCGAGGGGGGUGAUAGCAGCGGCGAUGGGAAAGUGGUCUGUGUAGAAUUUGGGAAACUGUUUGAGCGUUACGUGACAAUCUCUAAUAAACUGGUGGGGGUUCUUCUGCGAGCGAGGAAGCAAGGGCUGGUUAACUUUGAGGGGGAGAUGCUGUGGCAGGGGAAGGAUGAUCAAGUAAUUGUCACUCUGUUACAGUGACCUGACAUUUAGGUUAGUGUUGAUGCCUUGAUUCAUGUUCUAUCUCCAGUUAUUAUAGAGCUACUUCAUGACAACACUCAUGGCAGUAAAUGAAUAGCAUGGACAAUGCACUACCUCUACUUCAGUCAUGUAAUGGUCCUUUUGGUUAGAAAAAAAAGCUUUUUCUUAUUUACACAACCAAUAACCUCAGUGGCUGAUCAUUCUCUCCAUGAUACAAACACAAACAUCUACUCCAGUAUGCAGAUACAUGCAGGAGGCAGAUAAAAUUGUGUACACACUUUUUAAACACAAGUUUAUGCCAAACUAAAAGUUUGACUAAAUACUAGACAAAAAUUUUAACUUCUCAAGAAAGAUAUGCGGGACAUGUAACGUGGGUCCAGUCUAUUGUUGUCCACCUCUUUUAAUGUAUUUACAUUAUUUUAUCAACUAGAUUUCUUUCAGUUUAGCUAAACUACAUGUUGUCUAAAUAAAUUGUGAACAGUUAAGAGCUUUUCAAUGUGGGGAACGUGUAGGAGUGAGGAGCUGAAGUGAAGUCAGAGUGGUUAAUGAGAGUGAACCUAUGCUAAAGAGAACAUGAGGCUCCCCGUGACAAACAAUAUGGUGCUAGAGGAUGAACUUGAUCCCACUUGGCUUCGGUGUUUCAAAGUGUGUAUUUAUUACCAGUGUGCUUUUAAUUUGGGGAAACCUUGUUUCCUGCUUGUACCUCAGAAUACCUGAACCACAACGAGACAGUACAAUAAGCUAUUAGGUUUGAGGAGUUCACUGUAAAAUACUAUGCACUAACUGAUAGAUGCCAUAAUAUCUGCUGCUGCUAUUGCUAAGUGCACGUGGCAAUGCAAAUAAAUGCAUUUCCCAAACAUGAGCUGUUGUUGAUUAUUUAGCAAGC